UGCUCAGUUGUUCCAGUAAAAACACACCCACUCUGCCCAGUCCCGCAAUGAGGAAGUGAGGUUCUGGUUGUUCCCAAACGCGCCUUCAGUGCCAUCAACGCGAUGGAAAGUAAACACGGUUAAAACAGAAAACGUGUUAUGUGGACGAAGAAAACCGACAGAUGAGAUGAGAGGAAUAACCUGGAAAUCAUUUUACGCACCGCCUAUUAGGGUGGGUGCCACAAUCCUCAUCCUGCAGCUAUGCCUUGUGAUCAGUUUUAACUUUGCUGAAUCUUCUGGAGACUAUACAAGUGCAGAGCCUAAGAUGGAUCUGGAGUGCCUUAAUGAUUACAUAACAGAGAUGAUGUGUAGUUUGACUUCAGACCAACAGCUCAUCUGCCCCGAGUACAGUCUCAAUGUGACUGUAUUUGAUGCAAGAUUUACUUGCGAUUUACAGCAACUUAAUUCCAGCUCAUGUGAAUGCACAGUGCAUGUGAACUCUGGCUUUGUUUUGGGAAAGGAAUACACGGUUAAUGUGUUGAGAAACAAAAACCUACUGUUCACUACAAACUUCGGUACUACAGAAAACAUUAAACCUAAAAAACCUGUCAUAAGGACAGUCAAGGAAACAAAGAAUGGAAACUUUCUCAUUGCUUGGGACACGGCUUAUAAUGACUCUGAUGACCUGAUUGCGGAGCUCACUUACUACAUCGAAGGAAGCAAAGGGACGAGAAAAAAUGUGAUCGUACCAACAAAAGGCCAGUUUAAGUACGAGCUUGUAGGCAGAAACCUUGAGUCAAAUUCCAACUAUAUUGUGAUGGCAAGAAUAAAAUCAAUCUUCAAUGACAGAUUCAGCGACUACAGUGAUCCAUAUAGGUUUUCUACACCCUCAUAUCUAAAGGACUAUGUCAAGAUAAUAAUUCCCCUCAUAUGUAUAACUCUGAUCAUCAGCAUUUUUAUCACCUACUUUUUAUGCAACAAAAUCUUGAUUGUUUGGUGGUUCAAGAUUCCUACUCCAAAAAUAGCUACUAGUUUUGUAAAACAGGUCCCAAACUUGCUGUCAUUUCAAAACGACUUCUCACCUGACAAUCCCGACGCUUCAAAGCUGCUCCACUCCGGAGAUAAGAUCUGGCCUGCGUCUUCUCCGGUAGAUGUCCGAGGUGAAAAUAACAGCCUCAACAGCUUCGGUAGAGACGGAGAUUCGUCAGGAGUGAGUUACAGCCAAGAGGUAAUUCAGAGUAAAGAAGCAAACAGCCCUGAAAAUAAAACUCAUGGGAAAGAAUCUCAGUCAACAAUCAGUGGAAUACCAACAACAACACAAUAUUAUAAAAACCUGACAUCGCUCAGCAAUGACAGUAAUGUUCUAAUGCCGUAUGGGAACAGCUCUGACUUCAGUAACAAGUCCUAUAUGUUUUCACUCUCUGACAAGAUUCAUAACCCCACCAAUGGACACUGUAUCUAUGACUUGAAUCAGCAUGAGAGCAUUUUUCCUUCUCUGGAGAAGAACUUGGACCCAGUGAUCCAGACAGAUUUGGAGUAUGGCCCGUGUACCCCGUGUACCCCGUGUACCGGAAGCUCAGGGUCUGAAAACGUCACACCCUCCAGCAGCGAGAUUAUCGUGGUUAGUGGAUAUCAGAGCCUUAAUAACAUCCUGGAUCGUGCAUCAAAUCCUCAAUCGUUUAUCAGCCCUCAUAAUGACAUUUCUCUGAUCACGGAAAAGAUCCUCUGCAGCAAGAACGCACACAACAUUUCCUAUGAAAGCCCCAUCAUCCCAGUGGAGAACGAAUAUAGAGAUUUCCGUAGCUUACUCCAAAAUUCAAAUGAACAACAUAGCCUGGUCACUGGCCCUGAAUUAAAACAGCUUUGUGGCCUGGAUUUGCAUACAUCUCCAGGAAUUGAAAUCGACUGUUCAUAUCACAGGGUAUGAAUUCACAGCUCGGAAACAGAAUUUCUCUAAACGUAUUUGCAGGCCAGACCUUUUCAUGCAGCUUAGCAGCGAGAUCAGGCUUAAAAAAUAUAAACAAUAAAGUGUGUAUUUGUGCUACACAUUUGUGCACAGCUUGUUAAACACAGCAGCAUCGUUAUCCAGAUGUUGCCUGAGAUCCGAUGUUUAAACUCCAUGAAAUCCGAAACUUGAGAGUUCAGGGUGUUUUCGACUGACGUGGUGUGUACAGAUUUUGAAAUCAUAGAACCUUUUUGAUUGUAUUAAAUGCCGUUAUGCCUCCAAAACCCAGAAAUGCGGACAGCCAGACGGCAUUGAGAGCGCGGCCUAGCGCAGGGGCUACAUCCCCGGGCCCAGCGUGAUCCUGUCAGACCGCCGCCUCAUGGCGUUACCGUCGCUAGCACCAUCAUAGCUUUGAGUGUAGCCUCUGCAAACUUUAAAGCCGAACUUCUUGUUGCUCUCCGAGAAGAGAUGGUAGGCAUUUUCAAGUCUGAGUUACAGAUGGCUAUAACUGAAAACUUAUCCCAAAUGAAGUCAGAAUUGCAAAGUGUGAAAAGGGAGCUGACGGCUAAUCUAGCCGCUACAAAAUCUGAUGUGGGUGAGCUAAGGGGGACUGUGAUUGCAAUGGAGGAAUCGCUGUCAACUUGCACAGACGACAUGGCGUACCUCAAGAGUAAAGUGGAGAGCCUGUCUAAUAAAGUUCUGGCUCUUGAGAAUAAAUGUGAAGAUCUAGAAGGUAGAUCUCGCCGCAAUAACAUCCGUAUAAUCGGGUUAUCUGAGCAAUGUGGCAUGGUUACCGGUAUCUACCUCCGCUUUGCUUAAGGAAGCUCUUAAUGUGGAUAAAGCACCCCAAGCCCAAACCCGAAAAGCGGCCACGUCCAAUAAUAGCACGUUUACAUUAUUACACAGACUGUGUUGACAUCCUUCAACGUGCCAGGACCCAACAGCGGAUCAAGAUUGGGGACUCUACAAUCUCCAUCUUUCCGAAUCACACAGCCCGGACGGCGAAAGCACACGCUGCCUUUAAUGAUGUUAGGAGGCAACUCAGGGACAUCCCAGGCAUACGGUAUGGUCUGAUAUAUCCUGCCCUCCUCCGGAUCACAACGAGUGGAGGGGUUACAACGGAUUUCAUAUCCCCUGGGGAGGCUGCUGUCUUUAUUAAAACCCUUAAAUAGUUAUAACCGAUCUUUGAAUGCCUAUAUAACAUAAAUAUGUAACAUCAAAGUAAAUUUGACUUUGAGACGUAAGUAACAGUGGUACAAAUAUUUUAUUAUUUUGAUAUACAAACAUCUUUCUCAGGUUCACACAAGUUGCACUGUUCUGGUUGAAUAUACACCCUGUAAUUUAAGUUACACAUUUUAUUAUUGUUGUGCAGGCGCUCCUGCUGAGUUUGACUUUGGAGAAGUAUGAAGAUGACUGUUAGGUCUAAUACACUGAGUUUAGUUGUUUUGUUAAUGACUCCUAGUGGAGUCUACAUCGGUACCUUAUCGUUUAAGCAUGGGGUAAUAGUAGGUGUGGGGGAAGGGGGAUCUGGGUUUAUCUCUUAUUUUUGUCUUUCCCUCUUGUUUUUUUUUUUUUUGGAGGUCAAAUUGUGGUUGCAGUUUCAGUUAUGAUAUAAAUUAAACAUGACAAGUAUUAAAGCUUUAAAUGUGAGAUUUGGUAGUUGGAAUAUCAAGGUUUUGGGGAGUGCUGUCAAACACUCAAAGGUGUUUUCUCAUUUAAAGCAUUUAAAGCCUGAUAUCGUUUUUCUGCAAGAGACCCACAUGUGAAAUAAUGACCAGACAUGGCCCUGGGUUGCAGAAGUAUUCCAUUCCAGCUUUAAUUCUAAAGCCAGAGGGGUUGCCAUUCAGAUAUUAGUAAAUCAGUUCCAUUCACACAGACCAAAGUAAUUUCAGACAAGGACGCCAGGUAUUUGAUCAUUUUAGGGACUAUAUACCGGGUUCCAGUGCUACUUGUCAAUGUAUAUGCACCAAAUUUUGAUAAUCCUAGCUUUUUGAAUAAUCUGUUUAAGAAACUACCAUCUUUAAAUGAUGUAUUUUUGGUAUUCGGCAGGGACAUGAAUUGUGUUGUGAAUUCCCAGCUAGACCGUUCAACAGUCAGCAUGAAUCGGUCACAAAUGGCUAGAACUCUAAGUAGUUUUGUUGUCCGACAAUGGCUACAUUGACCCCUGGAGGGAUCGCAAUCCAACUUUUAUUCACAUGUACACCAGACAUUUUCCCGUAUCGAUUAUUUUUUUAUUGAUGCCAGACUGAUGCCCAAAGUGACAGAUACUUGUUAUCAUCCUAUUAUUAUUUCAGACCAUUUCUAAGACACUCCUGUGGGAAUCUUUACAGGCCUACUUACAGGGUCAGAUUAUUUCAUAUUCUGCUCAUUUGAAGAAAUUAAGAACGUCAACCAUUCAAAAAUUAUGAGCCGAUCUGGAAUCUGUGGAUCAACAGCUUGCCUCGUCCACGUCUCCUGAUUUGUUAAGGCGGCAUGUGGUAUUAAAAACAGAGAUAGACUUGAACACAACUAAUGAAGCAGAGCGGUUACUUCUACAUUCUCGGGCCAAAUACUACGAAUAUGGAGACAAAUCUGGAAGAUUACUAGCUCACCGAUUGCGUCCACAAGCAGGCUCACGUUUAAUACCUCGUGUUCGAGAUGAGUCGGGGAUGUUGGUGGAGGAACCUGACCUUAUAAAUUCAGUAUUUUCAUCCUUUUAUAAAUCUUUGUAUAGUUCUGAAUUUCCUUCAGACUUGACUGAUAUGGAGGCAUUUUUGCAAGACCUAGAUUUUCCGGAUAUGAGCACAGAUGCUAUUGUUCAGUUGGAUGACAAGAACUUACACUGGCACUAUAAAAUAUGCAAAAUAAUAAGUCUCCUGGGCUAGAUGGGUUUCCCGUUGAUUUUUCAAGGCAUUCCAUAAUCAACUCAUUCUGCUGUUACAUGCUGUUACAUGCUGAAUCUCUGUCAAAUGGCUCUCUUCCUUUCACUUAGAGACAGGCCUCUAUUAGCGUUCUUUUGAAAAAGGGCAAGGAUCCUGACCUUUGUACUUCUUACAGACCUAUUUGAUGAAUGUUGAUACAAAAGUUCUCGCGAAAGCCUUGGCAUGUCGCCUAGAGAAGGUGCUUCUGACAAUUAUAUCUCAGGAGCAGACAGGCUUCAUAAAAGGACGCCACCCUUUUUACAAUGUUCGUACUUUAUUCAAUGUUAUUUACUUGAAAGGAACCGCUGCCAUUCCAGAAGUUGUAAUCUCUGUUGACGCAGAAAAGGCGUUUGACAGAGUUGAGUGGAGUUACUUGCUUGCAGUUUUGAAGAGAUUUGGUUUUGGUAAUGUUUUUAUAUCAUGGGUACGCCUUCUGUAUACGUCACCUUGCGUCAGUAUCACAACUAAUAAUGUUCAAUCUAGUUAUUUUUCCUUAAGCCGUGGCUGUAGACAAGGUUGUCCUCUGUCUCCCCUCCUCUUUGCUCUUGCAGUAGACCAUCUGUCCAUUUAUUUGAGGUCUUUCCCCAUUUUUAGUGGCAUUACGCGUGCCUAUGUCGAAUUCAAACUUUCUUUAUAUGCUGAUGAUCUGCUACUGUAUAUCACAAAUCCUGUAGGGGCGUGCCCUGCUAUCCUUUCUUUUUUUUCUCAGAUUCGGUUCAUUUUCGGGAUACAAGAUCAGUGUCUCAAAGAGCGAAUGUUACCCGGUCAAUGCCCUAGCAGUGCAGCUCUCUCAAUCUGAUAUCUGCUUCAAACUGAGUCCUUCGGGAUUUAAGUAUCUGGGGGUUCAUGUGGUCAGUUCCUACAAAACUCUUUAUGAUGUAAAUUUUUCUCGCCUAUUAACUGAGAUUAAGGCUGAUUUCCAAAGAUAGGGUUCCCUCCCCCUUUCCCUGAUCGGUAGAAUUAACGCGGUUAAAAUGAGUGUCCUCCCAAAGUUCUUGUUUCUGUUCCAGUGCCUACCAAUAUUUUUAUCUAAAGGUUUUUUCCAAAACAUUGAUUCAGUUGGCCCUGUGAUGGGUUGGCACUCCGUCCAGGGUGUAUCCUGCCUCGAUGCCCGAUGAGAUAGGCACAGGCUCCCCGUGACCCGAGAAGUUCGGAUAAGCGGUAGAAGAUGAGUGAGUGAGUGAGUGAUUCAGUUGUAUCUCAUUUUCUGUGGAAUGGUAAGACACCUACAGUUAGGCUGAAAUUACUUCAGAAUUGCAAAUUCGAUGGUGGCCUCUCUCUACCAAGUUUAUUAUUGGGGUACGAAUAUAACCAAAACUAUAUUUUGGCUAAAAUUGGUUAACAUACCUUGGUCUCAGUUGGAAAUACAAUCAUGUCCAUCAUCCUCUUUACUGGCAAUACUGACUGGCAUGGCUUCAGUCAACCCCUCUGGCUUUACUAGCAACCCAGUGGUCAUUUCCACAUUAAAGAUAUGGUUUCAAUUUAGGAAGCAUUUUAAAUUUCUUACUCCUGCCAUAUCAAGUCCACUGUUGAGGAGUUAUGCAUUCAAACCUUCAUUUGCUAAAUCUAUUUUCACUUUAUGGCAUGAUCAGGGUCUGAAAUGUUUUAAGGAUUUUUAUAAAGAUGGGGAUUUUCAUUCUUUCACAAAUCUAACUAGUGAGUUUGACCUCCCACCUUCACAUCUUUUUAGGUAUUUCCAAAUUAGGAACUGCAUAAAAACUUUAUUUCCUAAUUUUCCACAUGAAAAAUUCCUCCCGAGCAGACAUGGGACACACUUUUACUGUUGAAUCCUUCACAAAGAUCUUUAAUUUCAAAAGUCUAUGGUACUAUUCAGUCCUACGAUGCCCAUUUAGCUAUCUAGGAUGAAGGAGGCUUGGGAGAAAGAGUUGGGUUUGGACUUUGAUGUUGACGGGUGGGACUCUGUUUUAAACGGCAUUCACAAAGCCUCAAUCUGUGCCCGCUUGACCUUGAUACAAUUUAAAGUAGUGUUCAGAUGUCACUAUUCUAAAACCAGAUUAUCUCAAAUUUUCCCUACUACAGUUGAUGUCUGUGACAGAUGCUCUGGUUCGCCCUGUACUCUUGCCCAAAUGUUUUUCUUUUGCCCAACUCUUGGAAAUAUCUGGCAAACUUAUUUUUACACCAUGUCUAAAGUGCUCCUCAGAACCAUUAAUAUUUCUCCGCAUGUAGCCAUUUUCGGUACUCCUCAAGAAUACCACCUCUUUUCAUCGGUGCAGUUAUAGGUUCUGGCUUUCACUUCCUUGAUAGUGAGACACCAUCUCCUCCUUAAUUGGAAAGCAACAAAUGCCCCAUCCAGCACACUUUGGAUCACUGAGGUCAUGUCUUUUCUAAAACUGGAAAAAAUAAGAUAUACUAAUAAAGGUAAUCUCACCAAAUUUUGCAACAAGUGGCAACCAUUUAUGCAAUUUUUCGAGGCUAGCUAGGCCUGACUCCAACAUACAUUCUUCAGGGUUUUUUUUAUAUACAGUUAUGUCGGUUAUUGUUAUCCAAAUGUCUUCACGUUUUUUUUGUGUGUGCAAACCAGUAAAUAUAUGAAACAACAAAAAAAAGAAAUCCGAAACUUUAUCCGAAUCCAUAAACUAAACUAAGAUGACAUUUUUAGGACAAACUGUAGCAAUAUCAAUAAUAUGAAUUUACUAUAAAUGUAACUGUAAAAAUGCUUACUUAAGUCUUUGGUUGCAGCAUUUAUUCAGUGCAGUAAUUUACAUGUUCAUUCAUUCAUUCAUUUUCUACCGCUUAUCCGAACUUCUCGGGUCACGGGGAGCCUGUGCCUAUCUCAGGUGUCAUUGGGCAUCAAGGCAGGAUACACCUUGGACGGAGUGCC